CACCAUGGUAUACGACCACCCUGCAUAUAAAGAGCUCGUGAAUGCUUCAAAUUCGUGACUGGUAAUCAACUUCAAUUCUUAAUUUCCAAGUGUCAAUCAUGUCUCAAAUCUAUCUCAUUACCGGUUGCUCGUCGGGACUCGGUUACGAAUUCGCCCGUCAGGCCCUCCACCGAGGCCAUAAAGUCAUCGCGCUUGCCCGCGAUAUUGCCAAGCUUGCCCCUCUGCAAGAGCUUGGCGCAGCUACGCUCACACUCGAUGUGACAGCAUCGCAGGAGGAAUUGGAUCGAACAGCAACAGCGGCCCUUGCGAUUUAUGGCAGCGUCGAUAUCCUGGUGAACAAUGCUGGCUACACGCUCUUCGGAGCGGUAGAAGAUCUCAGCUACGAUGAAUGUCUUAGGGAGUUCCAGACAAAUGUGUUUGGACCAAUAGCACUCACUCGUGCCCUGCUGCCUCAUUUUCGUCGUCGCCGUGCGGGAACGAUCGUCAACAUCGGUUCCCUCUGUGCAUGGGAGACAUACCCGGGUGUGGGUGCCUAUAGUGCUUCCAAGGCGGCUUUUCGAUACUUCACCGAGGCGCUUGGCCAAGAGACUGCCGGCACAGGCAUAAGAGCCCUUUUGGUCGAACCCGGCCAAUUUCGUACAGAUCUCCUGAGCCCGCAGAACAGCACGUUUGUCGAGACCAAUAUUCCAGAGUAUCAAGAUCUGACGGCUGCUUCGUUCGCAAACUUUCGCAAUGCUCACGGCAAGCAACGGGGUGACCCAACAAAAGCCGUGGCUCGUGUUUUGGAUGUCAUCCACGGCGAGAACGAGGCCAGUGGCCGAGAUUGGCCGGGAGAACUGGCGCUGGGCCCCGAUGCAGUGGAAGCCAUCCAGAGCAAAUGCGAGCGAACUUUGAAGCGGUUGCAUGAGUGGCAAGGUUUCUCAUCGGAGACCGACGCUGAACGUGUUUAGCUCGAGAUAAGCCGGCGUUGUAGUGGUUUGUUUUUGAAAGGAGGCUGCUGCAUGACUUGGUCGAUGCAGGAGAGAGCGGACUCGAGGACCUGUCAAUUACAUCAUAAUCAUGGCUGGCCACCUUGGUCACACUGCAGAAAUAUCCGCAGCGCUGAACAGUUCGUCGCCCUCAUAUAGAAGUUUGCAGGUCGGCCCACUUCGUGCAAUGCUGGGUGGAAAGACGGAGUGAGGGGAAGCUGUAAAUACACCGCAUUGAUUAGCCGUUAGGCCCGAUAUAGCCUAACUAUUCAAAAUAGCGACAUGCCGGUGCGUC